AUGCAUUCUGUCUGGAGGCUCCUGGUCCUCCUCGGCUUGCUGGCCUUGCCCUCAGCCCUGCACAAGCCACACCAGCCUGGCCUGGCCAAGACUCACACAGACAGCAAAUCAGCUCUGGCGAGAAUUAUUGCCCAGGGCCUCACGAAGCACAAUACAGAGGGCCGAAUCCAGAACAUUCACCUCCUGGACAGUCUGAAUGCCUCUGGGCAGAUGGCCCCGGGGAUGGUGGGCUGGCUAAUCAGCAGCAUGAGCCAUCAUCACCAUCAAGAAGGCAGUGCCAACAUUACCAACGCUCAGCUGGACUAUGGUGGGAUCCGGAUGUCUUUCCAUAAGGAGUGGUUCACAGCAAACAUCUUACUUGGAUUUGACAUUGACUUGAGACUGCCCUUCAAUAACCAUAUCAUAAAGACACAUGAACGCAUGAACCUCUCUGUGGAGUUCUGGCUGGAGAAAGAUGAGUUUGGCCGGAGGGAUCUGGUGAUAGGCAAAUGCCACGUGGAGCCCAGGAGUGUCCACACGACCUUCCUCACUGAAGCUAUCCCACCAAAGGUGAAUCCUUUUCUCCGCAACUUCAGAGACAACCUGGAAAAAGUUAUCCCACAUCUGAUAGAAAGUCAGGUAUGUCCUCUGAUUGAUGAGAUACUCAGGCAGCUGGAUGUGAAACUGUUGAAAAGCCUCAUGGAACAGGAUAUUGCUCAUGAACUCAACCAACUCUGA